AUGACCGACGGAAGCAUGCCACGCCUUCAGCAUCAAGAGCUGGUUUUGACUAAACCGAAGCCCAUUGUCGCGACCGCUGCACUGAAGCGUCGAUGGCCAUCCGUGGAAACACAUCUGCGCAACCCCGAAGGUUCGUCACUCUACGGCUUUAAUUGCACCGUCUUCGUAAAGUGCUUCCACGGAAGCCCGUCGACGCCUCCAGUGCAACCUUUUGCACGCGCAGGUUUCGGGAAAAGUCCGAGGAGUGCGUCGAGGUCCAGCUUUAGAAGGGCUCCGGCCGGUCGGUCCGCCGUUGUUCCAAAGCGCAAGCGCCAGAUUGUCAUUGGAUAUGCGAUGGAGGACGUGCGCAGGUGCUUCACCGAGGUGCAUGGUCGCGGCCCUCGCCUUCUCCUGACAAGACACUGCGAGGACCGCGAGGACUGCAAAGUGAUCUUGGAGGUGGCGGAGACGUCUAUACAAGGGCCUUCUGGUGCUACUGGGCUCUUAAGCGGUCCCGAAAAAGUGGGGGACCACUUCUCGGAUAUCUAG